GCGCGCCCCAUGGAGCGGCUCCUGCAGCACCUAGAGCGCUUCUCCGAGGUUCUGGUGGUCUCUCGCACCACCCACGUAAGCACCUGGGACCCUGCUACCGUACGCAGGGCCCUGCAGUGGGCUCGUUUCCUGCGCCACGUCUACCGGCGCUUUGGCCGUCAUGGGCGCAUUCGUACAGCCCUGGAGCGACGGCUGCACAGCCAGUGGAGGCAGGAGGGCGACUUUGGGACCGGUCCAGUCCCCGGGUUGACGAACUUCCAGGCCCUCGGGCGCUGUGAAAUUGUGCUAGCUCUGCGCCUGCUGGAGAACCGGGCCCUCGGGGAUGCAGCACGUCACCACCUGCUGCAGCAGAUGUUUCCAGGCCCGGGCAUCUCGGACGCCAACGAGGAGACGCUGCAAGGUAGCCUGGCCCGCCUCGCCCGCCGCCGGUCCGCGGUCCACAUGCUGAGCUUGAACGGCUAUAGAGAGAACCCGAAUCUGCAGGAGGACUCACUGAUGAAGACGCAGGCGGAGCUGCUGCUGGAGCGUCUUCAGGAGGUGGGCGAGGCCCAA